AUGGGCUUAGACUACCCCACAUCUAGCAUCAGCAGCGCCGGCGACGCCGACAAGAUGCUCGACGCAGCCAACGCCGUCCAGGACUACUACGACAGCGUCUCCGACGAAGGAGUUUUUCCCGACGACCAAGAGGCAGAACUCAACCGGGCCAAGGACUGGAUUCCGGACGCAGUGGACGUAUGUAAAUCCGCCAAGUCGGAGCACCGCGGCAACGCUGAUAUCGUCGACAAGACCGACGAGGCCAUGACUACCUUGCAAUCCGUGAAGAGUGACAUUCAAAGCAGGCUCACCUUGAACGAAACACAGAAGAGACUGCGGGACGAGCGUGAGAAGGGCGGAAAUUAG